UCGCCAUAUCGUUAUACAGUUAUGUUUACACUCGCUUCAUAUUGGCGAGAAUCAUUCAAGAUCGUUCUUCCGCUGCAGACGAUGAAGCGUACGAAGGCGCAGAAGGCAGGUCCUUCCAAAAGGGCAGCAAAAAGCGAGAAGGCCAGCUCCAAGCCCAAAAGUGACCAGGAAAGCAGUGAUGAGGAGGCCUCCACAUCGAAGGCUUCGUUGGUUUCUAAGCCGGAUUACCAAAACUUCGAGCAGUUUCUCACCCACUUGGAACACCAGCGAGUCUGCACGGCAGCCAGCAUACAGGAAUUCUCUUUUCGGAAAAAACGAGUGCGCGUCCUGUCCAAAACCGAAGAUGUAAAGGAAUCCAGCCUAGGCGGCGUCGUCUACUGGAUGUCCCGCGACGGGCGCGUCCAGGACAACUGGGCCCUGCUCUUUGCGCAGCGUCUGGCUCUCAAGUUGGAAAUACCCUUAACCGUGGUAUUUUGCCUAGUUCCCAAAUUCCUAAAUGCCACUAUCAGGCACUACAAAUUCAUGAUGGGCGGCCUGCAGGAGGUGGAGCAGCAGUGUCGCGCCCUGGAUAUACCGUUCCACCUGCUGAUGGGCCCCGCUGCGGAAAAGUUACCACAAUUUGUAAAAUCCAAUGACAUCGGAGCCGUAGUCUGCGACUUUGCUCCGCUGCGUUUGCCCCGCCAAUGGGUCGACGACGUGGGCAAGGCACUGCCCAAGAGCGUGCCGUUGGUGCAAGUCGAUGCUCACAAUGUAGUCCCGUUGUGGGUGGCCUCCGACAAACAGGAGUACGCUGCUCGUACCAUCCGCAACAAGAUCAACUCCAAGCUAGGGGAGUACCUCAGCGAAUUCCCACCGGUUGUGCGGCAUCCUCAUGGAACUGGCUGCAAGAAUGUACAAGCCGUGGACUGGUCAGCUGCCUAUGCUUCACUGCAGUGCGACAUGGAAGUAGACGAGGUGCAGUGGGCCAAGCCAGGCUAUAAGGCGGCCUGCCAGCAGCUCUACGAGUUCUGCAGUCGUCGUUUGCGCCAUUUCAAUGACAAGCGAAACGAUCCCACGGCAGACGCCUUGUCCGGACUCUCGCCGUGGCUGCACUUUGGUCAUAUUUCGGCUCAGCGCUGUGCUCUGGAGGUGCAGCGGUUUCGAGGGCAACACAAAGCCUCGGCGGAUGCGUUUUGCGAGGAGGCCAUUGUGCGCCGCGAACUGGCGGAUAACUUUUGCUUCUACAACGAGCACUAUGAUAGUCUUAAAGGUCUAAGUUCUUGGGCAUAUCAAACGCUGGAUGCACAUCGAAAGGACAAGCGGGACCCCUGCUACAGCUUAGAGGAACUAGAGAAGUCUCUCACCUAUGACGACCUGUGGAACUCGGCGCAACUGCAGCUGGUGCGCGAGGGAAAAAUGCACGGCUUUUUGCGCAUGUACUGGGCCAAAAAGAUUCUGGAAUGGACUGCGACACCGGAGCAGGCGUUGGAGUACUCGAUCCUGCUGAACGACAAGUACAGUCUGGAUGGACGCGACCCCAACGGCUAUGUCGGCUGCAUGUGGUCCAUUGGCGGCGUCCAUGACAUGGGCUGGAAGGAGCGGGCUAUCUUCGGUAAGGUUCGGUACAUGAACUAUCAAGGAUGCCGUCGCAAAUUCGAUGUAAAUGCUUUUGUCAUGCGAUACGGCGGUAAGGUGCACAAGAAGAAAUAAAACGCUGUUGGAAUUUGCCUUUGUUUUGAAUGCAA